UUGUCGUCUCUGGUCACACUCUAGGCGAGCACAUUUUAAAAACAUGCCCAAGACUAAAACGAAAACGAAAACAAAAGGCAAAUUAAUGGCCAUUGAUGACACUGAAGUUCUACCCAAUGCCCCAGAAGCCAUGGAGGACGACAACGAAGAAGCAACAGAAAUUGCUGAGGCUGACAACUCCACCGGCAAUGAAAACGACGACGACGACAACGUCGAUGAUGAGGAUGAAAUGGACUUGGCCAAUUUUAAGGCCAACACUGACAGCAGCAAAUCCCAACUGAAUGCUCCGGCAAAGAAACGCAAAAAGGGCAUCAUUUAUAUAUCAAAUAUACCCAAGCACAUGAAUGUAAUACGGAUUCGGGAAAUUCUGGGAGAAAUGGGCAAAAUUGGACGUGUUUAUUUGCAGCCGGAGAAGCAAUUAGGCAACAAGAAGAAAUCCAAACGUAAGAAAUACAAUAUACACUUCACCGAGGGUUGGGUGGAAUUUGAAUCGAAACGUGUGGCCAAACAGAUUGUGCCCAUGCUGAAUAAUAAGCAAAUCUCGACGCGCAAGAAAUCCCAAUUCUAUGACUCGCUGUGGAGCAUGAAAUACUUGCCACGCUUCAAAUGGGUCCAUCUAACCGAACGCAUGAACUACGAGCAGGCUGUCCAUAAGCAACGACUCCAAACUGAAGUCUCACAGGCUCGCAAGGAGACGACAUUCUUCCAAAAUAAUUUGGACAAGAGCGAGUAUCUGAAAAAGCAAGCCAAGAAGGCUAAGCAAACGCAAAAGAAGGAAAAGUCAUAGAAGGCAAGGCAAUUAAUAUAAUUAAUUAAUAAGACUGUAUACCUAAUCCAAUAAUCAGACAAUGCCAAUGAAAAUGGAAUUUUUUUUCAAA